CGUGGGUUUCCCUUGGCUUGUCAAUCUGGAAACUGUACCUGGUCUUUUCUGUCUACACAACUGAAUAAUAGAAAACUCACAGCUUGGGUCAAAAUGGCAGAGAGGAAGGGAACAGCAAAGUUGGACUUCUUAAGAAAGAUUGAGCUAGAGAUCCAGGAUAAAUGGGAGAAGGAGAAAGCAUUUGAGUGUAAUGCACCGGCAACAGUUGGGGAAAGCACAAACAAAAACAAGUACUUUGUCACCUUUCCCUACCCUUACAUGAAUGGCCGCUUGCACCUUGGCCACACAUUCAGCUUGUCAAAGUGUGAGUUUGGUGUUGGUUACCAAUCUCUGAAAGGAAAGAAAUGCCUCUUCCCGUUCGGGCUUCACUGCACAGGAAUGCCAAUCAAAGCCUGUGCAGACAAGCUGAAGAGAGAGAUGGAGCUGUAUGGAAACCCCCCGCAAUUUCCGGACGAGGAUGAAGAAGAGAAGGAGAAGCCUGAGGCAUCUGAUGAAAUCAUCAUCAAGGAUAAAGCAAAGGGCAAGAAGAGUAAAGCUGCAGCCAAAACUGGAACCGCCACUUUCCAGUGGGACAUCAUGAAGUCUUUGGGCCUGAAUGACCAGGAGAUUGCCGAGUUUGCCAAUGCUGAACACUGGUUGGAGUAUUUCCCUCCUCUGGCCGUUAAAGAUCUCAAAAUGAUGGGAGUUAAGGUGGACUGGAGGCGUUCAUUCAUCACCACAGAUGUGAACCCUUUCUACGACUCCUUCGUCAGGUGGCAGUUUGUCACACUGAAGGAGAGAAAAAAGAUUAAAUUUGGCAAAAGGUACACCAUCUACUCACCCAAGGAUGGACAACCAUGCAUGGAUCAUGACAGGCAGACAGGAGAGGGAGUCGGACCUCAGGAGUACACUCUCAUCAAGAUGAAGAUUGUGGAACCAUACACAGCAAAAUUCAAGUCCAAAGUCUUUUACAGCAGUGCAGUGAAAGGCAAAAACAUCUAUCUGGUGGCUGCCACUCUGAGACCAGAGACCAUGUUUGGUCAGACCAACUGCUGGGUGAGACCUGACAUGAAGUAUGUCGCCUUUGAGACAGUCAGCGGAGACAUCUUCAUCUGCACUGCGAGGUCUGCCAGGAACAUGUCUUUCCAGGGCUUCACAAAGGAGAAUGGAGUGGUGCCAGUGGUCAUGGAAAUACUGGGACAGGAUAUCCUUGGCUGUGCCCUGAGUGCUCCUCUGACCUCCUAUAAGAUCAUCUAUGCUCUGCCCAUGCUUACCAUCAAGGAGGACAAAGGUACCGGGGUAGUUACCAGUGUACCAUCCGACGCUCCUGAUGACAUUGCUGCUCUCAGGGACAUCAAGAAAAAAGAAGCCCUUCGAGAGAAGUAUGGAAUUGAGGACAAGAUGGUAUUACCUUUUGAGCCGGUCCCUAUCAUUGAGAUCCCAGGCUACGGGAACCUGUCUGCUCCUCUUGUGUGUGAUGAGCUGAAGAUCCAGAGCCAGAAUGACAAGGAGAAACUGGUUGAGGCCAAGGAGAAAGUCUACCUGAAGGGAUUUUAUGAAGGGAUCAUGCUGGUAGAUGGCUACAAGGGGCAGAAGGUCCAGGAUGUCAAGAAGCCCAUCCAGAAAAUGAUGGUGGAGAAGGGCGAGGCCAUGAUCUACAUGGAGCCAGAAAAACAGGUCAUGUCACGUUCAUGUGAUGAGUGUGUAGUGGCUCUCUGUGACCAAUGGUAUUUGGACUAUGGGGAUGCUGAGUGGAAGCAGCAGGCCAAUGAAGUCCUCAAGUCUUUGGAGACAUUUUGUGAUGAGACCAGGAGAAACUUUGAGGCUACCCUGGCCUGGCUGCAGGAGCAUGCCUGCUCUCGUACUUACGGGCUAGGAACGCGGCUGCCUUGGGAUGAGCAAUGGCUGAUUGAGUCACUAUCAGAUUCCACCAUCUACAUGGCUUACUACACUGUAGCCCACCUCCUCCAAGGAGGUGUGCUGAAUGGACAGGGAGCCUCACCAUUGGCCAUCAAACCAGAGCAGAUGACCAGAGAGGUGUGGGACUUCAUAUUCUUUAAGACAUCUCCUUUCCCCAAGACAAGCAUCCCUAAAGAACAUCUUCAGCGACUGAGACGGGAGUUUGAGUACUGGUACCCUGUGGACGUCCGCGUGUCUGGCAAAGAUCUGGUGCCCAACCACCUGUCUUACUACCUGUACAACCAUGUGGCUAUGUGGCCUAAAGACAGUGGGAAGUGGCCACAGGCAGUGCGGGCCAAUGGACAUCUGCUCCUCAACUCUGAAAAGAUGUCCAAAUCAACUGGAAACUUCCUCACUCUCAGCCAAGCCAUUGAAAAGUUCUCAGCAGAUGGCAUGCGUCUGGCUCUAGCUGAUGCCGGCGAUACAGUGGAGGAUGCCAACUUUGUGGAGACCAUGGCUGACGCUGGCAUCUUGCGCCUCUACACCUGGGUUGAGUGGGUGAAGGAGAUGAUAGCCAACCAGAACAACCUCAGGACUGGACCUGCCGAUACCUUCAAUGAUCGGGUCUUUGCCAGUGAGAUAAAUGCAGGGAUCUUGAAGACAGAGCAGCACUAUGACAGGAUGAUGUACAAAGAGGCUCUGAAGAGUGGCUUCUUGAGUUCCAGUUUGAAUACUGCUGCAAAAGAUAAGUAUCGAGAGCUGGCCAUUGAAGGCAUGCACAGAGACCUCGUCUUCCAGUUCAUAGAGAGACAAACUCUGCUGCUGGCCCCCAUCUGCCCCCACAUCUGUGAAUACACCUGGGGUCUGCUUGGCAAGGUAGGAGACAUAUGGAUUCGUUCCUCUCAGUACCUGAUGGAGACUGCACACGACCUCCGACUACGACUCAAAGCAUACAUGCUUCCCCCCAAAAACAAGAAAGCUGACACAAAGAUUCCAGCCAAGCCUUCCCACUGCAACAUCUAUGUAGCCAAGAGCUACCCUCCAUGGCAGCACAGUGCCUUAUCUCUGCUCGGCAAACACUACAAGAGCAACAACAAGGUCCUUCCAGACAACAAAGUGAUUGCGAGUGAGUUGGGAGCGCUGCCUGAGCUGAAGAAAUAUAUGAAGAGAGUCAUGCCUUUUGUGGCCAUGAUCAAGGAGAACCUUGAGAAGAACGGUCCCAGGGUUUUGGAUCUGGAGUUGGAGUUUGAUGAGCGUGCAGUUCUGAUGGAGAACCUGGUCUACUUAACCAAUUCUCUGGAGUUGGAGCAGAUAGAUGUCUUGUUUGCAUCCGAGGCCGACGACAAAGUGAAGGAAGACUGUUGCCCAGGGAAACCAUUCAGCGUGUUCAGAUCAGAGCCUGGAGUGUGUGUGUCCCUGGUCAACCCUCAGCCAUCCAACGGCUUGUUUUCCACCAAGGUUGACAUCCGACAGGGGGACAACAGAGACAGUAUCAUCCGAAGGCUAGCUAAGGUCAACAGACUCAUCAAAGAUUUGUCCAGAGUGAAGUUGAUGAGGUACGAGGACCCCCUGCUGGGGCCCCGCCGGGUGCCCGUCCUGGGACAGGAAGAGCAGGGUAAAGUGCCCAUCUCCAACAAAUCUGUGUUCAACGUCAAUCUGGAGGAGAGGAGGGUCACGCUGGCUGACAAUGGCCUCUCUGUAGAUAUUGGGGACACUCUGGCUUAUUUGGUUAAUUAGGGGAAUAUUCCCUCUUUCUCUCUCACACACAGGCACAUGGGGGCACAUUCAGCAGUGAAUUAUUUGAUAAAAGUUCAAUCGAUCAUGAAAUGUUACAAUAAAAUGGGUCAUUUUGACUCAUAGCCAUAGAACACUUGACUCAGAAGUUUAUGUACGUUUUUAUAAUUUAUGUUUCUAUACUGACACUGUUUGCUACUGCACAUGGUGUUAGAUCUGACAGAUAUACUAUUUACUUUUUGCUGUUUCUUUUCACUGCUGAAUGUGACCUCAGGGAAUAUCUGAAACUAAUGGGACCUGAAAGGUUUGCAUCUGUCUUCCUUUUAAAAA